AUGGACGAGGUACGGACGGACGAAAACGGACAGUUUUACGUAGAUGGCCAGACGUCAGAAUGGACAUCGAUUGACCCGGUCGUGAAAAUUUACCAUGACUGCCUGGACGGUCUGAAGCCAUGUCAGCGUCGCUGGAUCAUGGACAUACCAAAGAGGUACAUCAGCAAUCCCGUCAAGCAGCCGGUCGUGUGCGACAUCGGAGAGCUGAACCUCGAAGUGUACAUGCGUCAUGAAAGGAGGAACUGUUUCUAA